AUGCACAGAAUGUCGAACAAUUCGCGAAUCGUCCCAAUGCAACUGAUGCGAGAUCGGAGCGUCGACGAUUUCAAUGACCAGGUCGUCGGAAUGUUGGAUGAGGUCGAGAGAAGAGUCGAGCAAUUGAGGUUUCCGAUCAGAAAAAUUAUAAAUUUGAGCUUAUUUUAAUGUUGAUGCUCCAUGUAAAAGUCUAAGAAACCUAUUUAGAAGGAAAAAAAGUUCCAAGAAAAAAUCUGGGAAAAUUUUUAAUGGCCACUAUAGAGGCUCGCCAAGGACUACUUGGAGAGGACACUAAAGUGGCCUCUAUAGUGACCUCUAUACACCUCUAUAGUGACCACUAUUUUCCGUUUUAGUGGCCAGUUAAGUAGUUUUUCAUCCAGUAUUCCUUCCAAUAACUCUGAUAGUUUUAAAACAAACAGAUUGGACCAGUUAUGUUGAUCCAUUGACCCCUAAAGUGGUCACUAAGAUUUUUAGUGGUCUAGUAGUAGUACUUAGACCUCUAUAGUGGCCACUAACUUUUGACCCCUUAAGGGCCCACUAAAUUAACUACUAUAGUGGUCAUGAACACGUCAAAACCCUAUAGUGGCCACUAAAAAGUUUCACAGAACUUUUAAAAAUCAGAUUUUUUGAGAUUUACGUUUCUUUUAAGUAUAGGAUAGGGUAAAAAACGAGUAAAAAUAUUUUUUUAAAAUUCUAUCAGACUCGAAAAAGUAAAAGAAUUUCAGGGAAGCCGCCAGUCUCCUGGAACAAGAAAAAGACCUGAUUCUGGACACCCUGAAUAAUGUCGUGGUCAACACUGAUUUAUUACGUCUUGGCCAAGGUUUCUAUUUUAUUCAUUUUUGUUUUUGUGUUAAGUUUGAUUUUUCAGGCGAUCGGGAAGAUAUCAACGCGACGACGAAUCGAUUGGCUCAAAGAACGAAAGCUGUUGAGGUGAUUUUUUUAGACUUUUUUUCGUAUUUCUUUCAAAAAAAUAAAAAAAUCUCGUUUUCUAUAACUUUUGCGAGAAAAAAAUGUUCCUUAUUCAAUUUUAAACGAAGCUCCACUUGACGAUAGUGCGCUGGAGCGAAGUUGGGUGACUUUUCAAGCAUGAAUAAUACAUUUUCCUUUGUUUUCUUCUGUAGCUUUCCCUGUGGAUUUUUGAAAGGCUUCUAUGAUAAAAAGUUUCGAGAAACUUCAUUCAUUUUUUAUUACGAUGUUCCACUUGACGACUUUGCGAUGGAGCAAAUUUUCAGCGAAACGUGAUUUGUUUCUUACUGAAUUGUUUUCAACUUGUGCCUUUUGAGGUACUUCAAAGGUUUUUUUUAAAUCUCUUCUUGGCUACUGCGGCCAAUAUUAUCACGAUUCAAGCUUAAAAAAUAUUUAUUUUUGACUGAAAUAUUUUUCUUUUGUUUUUCAAGCUUCCUGAAUUAUUUUUGACUCGGUUAAGAAUUUUUUUCUCAUUUUCAAGUAAUAUAAAAACUUCUUCAGGUUGUCGUGAACACUCCGAGAAGCGCCGAGCAACAAAAAGCCUUGUCUUCAGUUAAUCAGCUGGUUGACGGAAUCGUUCAGAAGAUGACCAAUGACCUCAACAGCAGCAAGGAUGUCCGUAUCAUGAAAACUUGAAAGCGACUUUUUAGGGGACAAAAUAGGGCUUCUUUAGGGAACUUAAGUUUAGGUGCUUUUCGACAUUUCAAUGAUUUUUUACAAAUACGCAUAAAAUCCAUUUUUAAACAACAAAUGACGAAAAAAUCUUGCGAAUAGUAAUUUUUAGAGUUACGUGAAAGAAAGUUUUUUUUUCUUAUCUUUCUGUUUCAAUUGAGGAACAAUAAAAUCAAUCUCUAAUUUAUUCAAUUUCUCCAUUUUUAUCCUGGUAAUCUCCAAAUUUUAAUUUAUUCAUUAGGAGUAAACUUUUGGCCGCACGUAGAAUGACUCAACUGGCUCGUUUUUCUCACCUGAAAGAGGAACUUUGAGUAAUGAACUUGUUAGUGCGCCCGACCUGAAGCGACUUCUUCACAAUGUAACAGAAUGCUACUGCGCGUAAGUUGUUUAGUGUCGGGCGCGUUCCACAAAAAAUGCUUCACAGCUGCUCCGAAUGAGCCGUUCUCUGUUGAGGGUCAAGAAUAUAAAAAUCCAGACUGCAACUUUACAAAAAAAUGAAAAUGUUCAGAUCUGCAAUCGGUACCUCAACGCUUGCGAUCCUGAAGAACGAGGCCCGAUUGAUCAGAAAUUCCAAGCACAGGUUUGUUUCAGAAAUACCCCCCCGGUCAAUUCGAAACUUUUUUUCAAGAGUUUCCAAGAAAAGGGCAUGAAAACAUGUAUGAAAAUCCAGAAAAAAAGCUUGUGAAAAAGCGGGACAAAGCUCUAAGAAGACUUCGAAAAGUCUCCAAGAGACCUCAAAAAAACGUCUCUGAGACGCAUAGAAAAAAUAAAUUAGAAAUAUUGACAAGGUCUUCGAAAAGACAUCAAAAAAAUCUUUUGUCUACAGAAAAAAAAAUUCAUCUUCUUUUUCCGUUGUUUGAUGCACAGAAAGAGGAAAUUUUAAACUUUUUUGAAGCUCUUGGUAGUUUGGGUUAUCAACCUUCAGAUAACUUUUGUUUUCGGCCUUUUCUUCAAAAAUUUCCCUCUUGCAUUCACUUUCCAGUACUGAAUUCCUGUCAUUUCCAGAUCAUCGAAUGCACCGCCGAUGAUCAGAAGAAGAUCAGGAAGAAGCUCAAUCAGCUCAUCAGCCAAAUCGAAAGAGCCGAACGUCAAUGUAUCCCCCAAUGGUAUAAUAAUUAG